GAUCAUUGCUGGGGCGUGAUUUGCCGUUCCCCUCUACCCUGACUGGAACCAUUGCUCUUUCCUUUAUCCACUCUCCCGCCCGCCCUUCACAAUCUGAGUAUAAAGUCGCAGCCUUUUGGCCAUCAUAAGAAGAAAUUGCUGUGCUUCAUUCUUCUGCAACUGAAUCUGUGUGUGGGGUUGAGUUUAUACUCUUAACAUCAUUUAGCUUCAUGCCCUCAAUCUCUCCUAUCUUCUUCCGGCUGUAAAGAAACUCUUCUCCUCGUCCUUCUUCACCAUUUUUAUUUAUUCCAGGAUACUUGGGUCGUCCAUUCCUUUACAAGAGUUGAUCAAACUUAGCGAGGACAACUGCUUUCUAUCUUCUUCGGAGAAGUAAAUUGGAGAAUGGAAACUAAGCUGAAUUAACUUCCUUAGUUUUGAUUAGUUUCUAUAAUCAGAUGAAACAGCUUAGCAGUUGCUCUCAAUUAUAAUUUGUGCUUUUGUGAAUACAACUGGAAUGGGUAUUUGUUAGUGAUGCUGCGUGGAAGCUCUUUGGCUCCCUCUUUUAAUAGAAACUCUCCUCUUUUCUCAUUUUUCGUCCAAAUGCCAUUACUGUCAGUUUUUCGAAAUAGUUCCCUCGCUUUCCACCGGCCACUUCUCCAUUACCACAGUUACUUAUUUGCCAAACCAGUUCGUGAUAUUCAAGCCUAUGAUCUCCCUAUGGACAGAAGAGCCCAUCUUUGCUGCUCUGCUCUCUCUACAACACCAAAGGUUCAUGAAUCCUCUGCACUGGCUAUGGAUAAAGUUUCAAACAAAUCAAAGAGGAAGGCACGACAGGAAUCACCUGAGGGAGUCCUUAAACUAAAAUUAGAUAUGUGCUCGAAGCAUGGUGAUGUUGUUCAAGCUCUUCACUUGUAUGAUGAGGCUCGAACUAAUGGGGUGCAGCUUAACCAACACCACUACAGUGUGCUGCUCUAUUUGUGUUCUUCUGGUUCUUCUGUCAAAUUGAAUGGAAAUGUGGUUGAUGCAAAUGCCUCUAGUUUGUAUUACAAAAGGGGGUUUGAGAUUUUUCAGCAGAUGAUUAUUGAUAAAGUUGCUCCGAGUGAGGCUACUUUUACAAAUGCAGCAAGACUGGCUCUUGCAUUGGAAGACCCGGAAAUGGCUUUUGACUUGGUUAAGCAGAUGAAAGGUUUUAAUAUCUUGCCAAAAUUGCGUUCAUAUGGACCAGCAUUGUUUGGAUUCUGUAGUAAGGGGAUGGCUGAUAGAGCUUAUGAAGUUGAUGCACACAUGGCUGAAUCUGGUGUGAUGCCUGAAGAGCCUGAGCUUUCCGCUCUCUUAAAACUUAGUGCUGAUGUGAAGAGGGCAGAUAAGGUGUAUGAUACGUUGCAUCGAUUACGAGCCAUCAUUAGGCAAGUUACGGAUUCAACUCUUGGCAUUAUUGAGGAUUGGUUCAACUCUGAAGAUGCUUCAAAAAUUGGAGAGGAGAAUUGGGACACAAGCAAAGUAAGAAAAGGAAUUCUGAUGGGAGGUGGAGGUUGGCAUGGGCAAGGGUGGCUGGGCAGUGGUCAGUGGAGAGCAGUGAGGACUCAAAUUGAUGAGAAGGGUGGUUGUCAUUCUUGUGGGGAGAAACUUGUCUGCAUUGAUAUAGAUCCAAGAGAAACAGAAAACUUUGCUACCUCAUUAUCCAACUUGGCUUGCCAAAGAGAGGUUAGAACCGACUUUGUUCGGUUCCAGGAGUGGCUGCAGCAGCAUGGCCCAUUUGAUGCAGUUGUUGAUGGCGCCAAUUUGGGUCUUGUCAAUCAAAGGACUUUCAGCUUUUACCAGCUUAAUUCUGUGGUUGGUAAGUUACGUGAAAUGAGCCCAUCAAAGAGAUUGCCACUUAUUAUUUUGCAUAAACGCCGUGUAACUGGUGGUCCAGCUACAAAUCCUAAAAACAAGAUGUUGUUAGAGUUUUGGAAAAAGUCUGGUGCCCUUUAUACUACCCCUGCUGGUUCAAACGAUGAUUGGUAUUGGUUAUAUGCAGCUGUUACUUGUAAUUGUUUAUUGGUGACAAAUGAUGAGAUGAGGGACCAUCUUUUCCAGUUAUUAGGGACUUCCUUUUUUCCAAGAUGGAAGGAAAAGCAUCAGAAAACUACUCAUUCAGGUAAGAAUUUCAGUCUCAAGAAGUGGACUUACUCUACAAAUGCCUCCGCCUUAUUCAAUUGUCAUUCAGGAGUCUGAAAAUGGUAGUUGGCAUGUCCCAACUAUUGCAGGCGAUGAUCUUGAAACACCAAGGCAGUGGUUGUGUGCCACCAGAGCGAAGAAUAAAGUAAUUCCAUUCUAAAUUGGCAGUUUUUGGUGCACAAAUGGGCAUGCAUAUUCAUCGGUGAGAUAAAUUGAGAGGAGGUUGUAAUUUAAGCGUAAUCUAUAUUUUGUUUUGAAACAUUUGGCAUAACAUACAGAAUAAGUAGCGACAAUUGUCAUCUUAUCAUUUCAUUUUAAUUAUGGCUCUCUGAAUGUUUGCAUUGCUA